AUGCCCUGCGGGGAGCGUCUGCGGGUGGCGGAGCACCGAACCCUCCAGCGCUCCUCUGAACUCAAUGCCAUCCUGGAGCAGUUCAGACGCGCCAUCGCAGAGACCAACGGCAGCAAAGAUGCCCUCUCCAACUUCUCAGACGAGACUCAGAAGCUGUUGAAGGAGUUGGCUCACAGGAAGCCCCUUCAGGUGCCAAAUAUCUACCACCACCUGCCUCACCUGCUCAACAAUGAAGGCAGUCUACAUCCGGCUGUACAGGUGGGACAGGGACGAACCGGAGUUUCCAUGGUGAUGGGUAUCCCCACAGUGAAGCGGAAAGUGAAGUCAUACCUGUCAGAGACGCUUCAUUCGCUCAUCGAUAAGCUGUCGGCGGAGGAGAAGCUGGACUGCGUCAUCAUAGUGUUUGUAGGAGAGACGGACGUGGAUUACGUGAACAGUGUGGUUGCAGGCCUUGAAAAAGAGUUCUACACUGAGCUGAAUUCUGGGUUACUGGAGGUCAUUUCCCCACCUGCCAGCUACUAUCCAGACUUGAGCAGCUUGAAAGAGACCUUCGGUGACUCAAAGGAGAGGGUGAAAUGGAGGACCAAGCAGAACUUGGACUAUUCCUUUCUAAUGAUGUACGCUGUCAACAAGGGGGUCUAUUAUGUCCAGUUAGAAGACGACAUCGUUGCCAAGCCCAACUAUUUUGCCACCAUGAAAAACUUUGCUCUGCAACUUGCCACAGAGGACUGGAUGAUCCUCGAGUUUUCACAGCUUGGCUUCAUCGGUAAAAUGUUUCAAGCUCCAGAUCUAAAUCUCAUCGUGGAGUUUAUCUUCAUGUUUUAUAAAGAGAAGCCCAUCGAUUGGCUCCUGGAUCACAUACUCUGGGUCAAAGUGUGCAACCCAGAGAAAGAUGCCAAACACUGUGAGAGACAGAAGUCUAGUCUGCGCAUCCGUUUCAGGCCCUCUUUGUUUCAGCAUGUAGGCCUGCACUCUUCUCUGGCUGGGAAAAUACAGAAACUCACGGAUAAAGAUUUCCUGAAGCCUCUGCUGCACAAGAUCCAUGUGAACCCGCCGGCGGAGGUGUCCACUUCUCUUAAAGUGUACCAAGGCCACACGCUGGAGAAGACCUACAUGGGCGAGGAUUUUUUCUGGGCCAUUACUCCAAUGGCCGGAGACUAUGUGCUGUUCAAGUUUGACCGGCCCGUCCACAUUGACAGGUUCCUUUUUCGCAGUGGAAACCAGGAGCAUCCAGGAGACAAAAUCGAGAACACUACUGUUGAGAUCCUGCCAUUUUCGGACGGCGAGUUGAAGACCAAAGAGAAAUACAAAAGAACAGAGGAUCACUUUUACAAACUUGCUCAGUUUGAGAAUGGAGUGGCUGAAGGGACUGUGGAAGCUGUUUUUAACCCUGUGGUGGCUGUUCGUCUGUCCGUCCAGAAAGACUCUGCUGUCUGGGCCAUUAUUAGCGAGAUCCAUAUCAAGAGGAUACCCGGAUAACAGCCUGAAGGUCUCUGGUCAUCUGGAUGGAGACUUUCUGCUCAAAUCCACAGUGACUUUAUCAGUGUGUGGAGGAUCCUGGGUUCAUGGUCUUCACCACUUCACUUUUUCCUCUGGUAGCUUCGUCACUCUCUCCUUUUUCCUUUUACUCUUCCCUGAGUUGGGUGUGAAUGUGACUACUACUGUAUAGAAAAAAUUCUUUUUUUUUUGUUCCAGACACUGAAUUAGUGUCGUGAAGAAUUUGCAAUCAUCGACGCUCUCAUGAAGGUUUGAAGUUUAGCGUUGAGUGCUGGAAGAUGAGUGGAUGUGCCCUACUGAUUCAGAACUGAAACUGACCUCAAACUGCACGGCUGGAUUUCAGCCGAAAGGUGAACGACUGGGAUGAUUUUUAGAUUUUGGGUUAUUGAUAUUUGACACUCUAUGAAGAACAUUUCUGAGAAAGUAAUCGUUGACUGCUUUGCCAAAAUUUAAAAAGGCGUUUCUAGAAAACAAACAUCAUAUCUUCGGCCUCCUCCUCGGCCACCAGGAGUGGCUUUUCUUCUUCCGUGUGGGUUUAAUGUCUACCAAUCAAUCAUGGCUUUCGAUCUGAAGGUUUUUAAUUGCUGUUAUAAUUUUUGAUGAUCUAUGAAGGUGAAUUAAUUUAUUUGAAAUAAGUCUUUAAAUGCUUUUAUUUUAUAUUAAUUGGAUGUGGCAGAGAAUUUAUUGAAGUGAAGAUGGUUGUUGUUUGUGUGUUUGUGAAGGGGGUGCCGGAACGUCCACUUCUGUGCCUUAACCUCCAGCGACCCCUAGAGGGCCUGGUGAAGGACUGCCUCGCGCCCUUGUGUCAAAACGCUUAAAUCAUACUAUUGGACAAAUCUCUGUAUGCUUGAUUUAAGUAGGAUCUUGAAGUUUAGAGCAUGGCAUGUUCGUGUUUAUGUUCCAGAAUCUUGUCGUUUUCGUUUUUCCGUUGAACAUUUCCAUCUCGAAUACUCUGCUUUCAUCAUGCCUGUCAGGAAAUGUGCUCCUUUUUAUGCUGUAUCACGAGAAUCUGAAUGUUCAGUGAGUCUUGAUCAGGUCCAGAUGGAAUCUGCAGAUUAUGAGGGGUAAAAAGUGAUUAAUAAAGAAGAUGUGGGUGGUGUGCUUGGCUUUAACAGUAUCAGCUCUGUAGAUUGUGCUUUCAGCUAAAGGAGCACAGUGAUGGGGGAAAAAUUAGACUGUAUUUCAAAGCAUUGGAAAAUGCUUCCAUUUUCCAAUCUCUCAAAUUUAUUGUGUUUUAUCCCAGAUAAAACGAUGUGACAGUACUUUAAAAAAAAAAUCGCAACCCGUUUCUUAGCGAAACAUGAUACUUUAUAGAUGAAUGCAAAGUAGAUUGAAUUACAUUUGUGAACACCAUUCACAAUACACCAUUUUUGGGGGAACAAAUGAACAUGUGAUGUUUAUUAAGAGAAUGUUCACUCUUGUAAACAAAAACAAAUGAAAAUAAAGCUUCGCAAUCAUAUGCGACUUGGAGGAAACAGACUCUUAAAAUGCAAACAAAAGUUUGUAAAAGGGAGGCAUUACUGUUAUGAGCACAUCAUUAACAUAGUUUCAUUAAAAAAAAUCCAUCUUUUCAAUCUUUCCAUACGUUAUGGCCAAAAUUAUUUGAACAUUUGGCAUAUUUAAAGUAUUAGGUAUUCCAAAAAUAAGCAUUCUGUGAUUGAUUACUGACCCUCAUUUCAUUCCAACACCUGAGACAUUUGGUCAUAUUCAAAACAGAAAUUAAGAUAUUUUAGAUGAAAUCCUAGAGCUCUCAUCUUCCUCAGACAGCAAGGAUCAUGAGAAGUCCAGAAAAGGAACCAAAAGCAUCAUCAAAAAACUCUCAGAACAGUUUUGUGCACCAAACAUUUUGUAUUGUAUUGUAUUUUCAGUAGUAAACAUGCUCUCUGACAAGAAAGAAAAAAUAUUGUGAGAAGAAAGUCAUAUUUACGGUUUUUGUUCUUGGAGCUUCGUAUGAUUACAGUUGAACCACUGAAGUCACAUGUUUGAUAUGGAAUGUUAGCUCCUUUUCUGGGCUGUCUAUGGAGGAUGAAGCUGGAAUUAUACUUUCGCCUGGUGAAAAGUAGAAAGUUUCCGGAACUACGUCAUAUCAUAAUAUCGUUCAAUAUUUUUAAACGAAUAGUUUUUUAUUGUUUUUAAUACAUUAUUUUAAUGAUUAUAAGCAUUUUUAUAACCAUUCAAGAUUUUUUUUAUCAAACUUUAAUGUAUCACUUGCUUUUGUUCAUAUCUCGUACAGUUUUACCAUUUAAAGUUUAUUAUAAUAUUAAUCACAAGAGAACAUGAGUUGCUCUACAAAUAUAUUUUUUAUUAUGGCAAGAAUAAAAGCAAAAAAAAAGUACACUAACUAAAAAAUACUGAUGUUUUUUGUUUAGAUUUAGCCUGAUCCACAAACAUAUACAUCAGUGUAAAAGCUAUGACUGGUGGAAAAACAUAUUCUGUAAUUGUGUACCUGGGUCUCCACUUUUGCCAUGGCCUCUUUUGGUAUCAACAAACUCAUCCCUCAGGUUUUUCCAAACCUUUUAACAAAAACUUUCCCCUUUCCCACUGAUGUUGCAAUUUCUAGCCAAGAAUUAUUGAUCAUCUGGUUAUCUCUCUGAUCACAGGUCACAAAAAUGUCUGUACAGUCAUCCUGUUUCAGACAAAAUCUCUUCAAAGUGGUUCAUAUUCAACUCAAAUCAGUUGCAGCGCCGGCAGCCGAAAUCAUGUCGCGUAUACCCAAAGCGAACUCCACUAAAGCGAACUAUACCCAUCCACAAACUCCACGAUGACGUCACAUUCGCCACGCGCACUCAAGCGAACAAGCGAACGGGUCGAGUAUAAACCAGGCUUAAGGGAGCUCUCAGAUUUUAUGUCAAAUUUAUCUUAAUUUGUGUUCCGAAGAUGAACGAAAGUCUCGGGAUUUUUCAUUUUUGGGCGAACUAACCCUUUAAGAGGUUUUAGAUAUUUGGGUUGAACUGAUUUAAUAAUACCCAUAAAAUGAGUGAAACAUGCUUUAUAAUGCUUUAUGAACUAGAGCUAGCAUUAGGAGAUUUAGGUGAUUUCAAAGUUCUCCGGAAAUAUAUGGACAUUAUGCUAGUAGAUGAGCCGCUGCCGGACAUACCAAAUAUUACAGAUAAGUAACAUCUGCAGGUUUCAUCAAACACAAUCAUGUUUUUGGAGGCAAAAAAAAUCCUGUAUAAACAAUUUAAGUUUAAUAAUUUUGACCACUGUUGCAUUUUUCCCCAUCAUCUUUUGCACCUUUAGGCGCUCCAUACCAAUGAAAUAAUACUUCAUGUGUAGUACUCUCUACAUGACAUUCACGUCGUGCAGAUUCUGUGUGGACCUGGUCGGAAGCAAAAUAUCAGCAGGACCGUAGAUUUCCAAUGGAAAAAGCUGCCUCUACAUUCAUUACAUCGUAAAGCUACGGUUCUACUCUAUUUUGCCGGUAGCUCCUGGCAUAAAGACCCGGUGGUGAAGUAACUGCUGUACAGAUUUCCAAAGUGCUCUCAUCUCAUGUGAUUGUAUAUAUAAAUAUCUUUAAUAAGAUGGAAGUUUUUAGUUCAGCCAGACAUAACGUGUUCAAGUUUCAGAGCAUAUCACCCUCAUUUCUAUUGAGGUAAAGUUGGUUUUAUAUUCGCACGUUCGUUGAUUUUAAUGGCCUAUAACCACUCUAAUUGGAAUAUUCGGUCUAAGAUUGCAUGUAAAUAUGACUUCAAAACAACAUUAGCACUAUUUAAUUAACUGUGGACAGUGUUGUACUUUGAUAGUCAUUGGCUGAUAAUAUGAUUUCCCUAUUUAGAAUUUACAAAUAAUACUUUUAUGAAAUGGCGACGCAGUGGCGCAGUAGGUAGUGCUGUUGCCUCACAGCAAGAAGGUUGCUGGUUUGAGCCUCGGCUGAGUCGGUUGGCGUUUCUGUGUGGAGUUUGCAUGUUCUUCCUGCGUUUGCGUGAGUUUCCUCCGGGUGCUCUGGUUUCCCCCACAGUCCAAAGUCAUGCAGUACAAGUGAAUUGGGUAGGCUAAAUUGUCCGUAGUGUGUGAGUGUGUAUGGAUGUUUCCUAGAGAUGGGUUGCGGCUGGAAGAGCAUCCGCUGCGUAAAACAUGUGCUGGAUAAGUUGGCAGUUCAUUCCGCUGUGGCGAUCCCGGAUUAAUAAAGGGACUAAGCUGAAAAGAAAAAUGAGUUAAUGAACUUUCAUGAAAUUAAAUUAUUAAGGAGAAUGUCAGAAUAAAAAACCAACUUUAUCCCAAUCUCGUUUCUGUGACUACUUUGAGCUGGUUGUGAGCUGCAGUGUGUGUGUUUUGUAACUGAAAGCCAAUGUACUGUCAUAAACAAUUGUUUACAGAUUGUUUCUGAGGUAAAACCUCGGUCUUGUCUAUGGGUUGGACGAAUGGUCUUUCUCUGUGGUUUGCCGAACUGCUGCCUAUUAUUUGAAGUCAGGUUUGUGCUCAGUGAUCUGUUGUCCUCUAGUUAAGCUCUCAUUGCCCUGCUGAAAAAACUGCUUAAAUCAACCUAGGCUGGUGUUAGCUGGUGGACCAGCCUGGUUUUAGAGAGGUUUUGGCCUUUUCAAGGCUGGUUUCAGUAAUUUCCCGCUUGGUCUUGGAAUCACCAGCUAAAACAUAGGUCUAAAACUCGAUUCCUGGAGGGACGUAGCUCUGCACAGUUUUGCUCCAACUCUAAUCAAACACAGCUGAUCCAACUAAUCUAGAUGGUCAAGACUACUAGAGACUUAAGUAGGUGUGAGUUGGAGGUGGUUGGAGCUAAACUGUGCAGAGCUGUGGCCCUCCAGGAAUUGAGUUUGAGACCAUUGAGCUAAAACCAUCCUGGUUUAAGCUUGAGAUAGCUGGUUUUGGAUGGGCUCCCAGCCUGGCUAAGCUGGUCAAGCUGGUUUUAGCUGGUCAUCUGCUAACCUGACCAGGUUAGAUCAGGCUGGAAAUGGCCAACAAGUGGUAUUUGGCUAAUAAAUUGGGUUUGGGCGCCAGGGGUAGAAAAUCCCACUAAAGUUACUCAAAAUGAUUUAAUCAAUAAGAAAAAUAAAGCUUCAACAAAUGUAUUAUUUAAUCAAGUAAAUGAAAAACAAAUGUUCCACCAGCCAAAUCAACAUAUUAUUAAAGGGGAAAAACAAAACAAACAAGCUUUAUAUUCAACACAUUUAAUUCAAAUCGUCAUAAACCAAACAAACUUAGGCUGGUUUGGGCUGCUUUUUUUCAGCAGGGUGGGCAGUUCUCCAUCUGGGACGAGCGCGUGUCCACCCUUCUGUCUUGCAUUGAGAUGAAUCAGACAUGAAAUGUGCAGUCUGGACAUUCAUGUGCCUUCAUCUGUCUUUCUCCAGCUCUGACAUUGAUUUCAAUAAACCGGUUCAACAUAAACGCAGUCAUUCAUUGUUUCAUGUUUCUGUCACCCCUUCAUUGCUCGUUUAAUUAAUAAAGUGCAAUCAUGUUA